CAAGUAUUGACUAGAUUGCUGCGCGGUUGACUACAAGAGCCGCUGCUGAUAUCGAUCUUCCGAGACAAUCGCGGGCAUUGCAGCCAUGGAUGAACCUCAAACAGUUCGCAAACGGCCUCGGCCUGUAGUCUCCUGUCUGCGAUGCAGAGAGAAGAAAUUGAAGUGCGACCGAGUGUCGCCAUGUGUGAACUGCAAUAAGGCUGCGUGUCCUGCAGAUUGCAGGUAUAGUCAAGAUCCAGGCGCUUCCGAUCGACCCACCAAAGCUAGGCGAGCAGCGACUAGUACGGAGACCGUCGACCAGCAUCCGGACCAGCGAGGCAACGAUCCAGCAAGGGCUGGGGGCACAGGGAUUAUUGAAGACCUGCAGCAGCGGGUCGCUAAGUUGGAGGAGCUUCUCUCUGCUCGGUCUAGACCGGCUAAUUGUGAUGAUGUUCCUGAAACUUGCAUUCCGGAUGCUAGCAAUGCAAAUGAGGAUGCAGAAGCGUCGACUGCAUUCUCUGGUACUCUUGUGGUGAAGGGGAAUAGGACGCGGUACCACGGGCAGAAUAACAGAACCACGCUUUUGAAACAGUUUCCGGAGGCCAAACAAUAUAUUGGUCGAUUCACAGAAGACCCGGUCAUGGUAGGAUUGGCCAAGGAAGUACAAUUCCUUCAGAGCAAAUCGCAGGCACCGUUGAAUUCUCCGGGGAGUGUCUCCGAUUCGGACUUCUCGCCAGAGCUUAUACAGCUUCGAGCGUCUCUGCCUCCAAAAGCAGUGUGUGACCAGCUGUUGGACAUAUACACGCAAAAUUUCGAGAAGGUAUUGCGGAUUCUCCAUGUACCAUCGUUUACGAGCCAAUACACGCGGUUCUGGGUCGAUCCCGACGAUGAAACCGACCGAUCGUGUGCAUUUCUUCCUCUCCUCACAGCUGUUCUGACCGUGUCUACUACGCUAGUCGAUCCGACUGCUCAACUGGGAGACCCAUCCGCAUGGAAUUAUCUCGAAAACACGGCUGUCAACCUGAUUCGAACAUGGCAGCGUAAACUUGGCAGAAAGCAGCAUACAGAACUCGCUACGCUGCAGGUCGGCGUGCUGGUUACAUUGAAUCGCCGCUUGCGGUUAGAGUCAGACGAAGAGAUAUGGAGGGCAACAGGCACCCUAGUUCGCUCGGCAAUGGUGAUGGGGCUGCAUGUAGACCUUUCUGGAUACAGUAAGCUGUCUGCGUUUCAAGCCGAAACUCGACGUCGGCUAUGGAUUACAAUCGCGGAAAUGGAUCUCCAGGCAUCCGUUGAGUCGGGGAUGCCGGUUAUGACGCCCGACCUGGACUAUAGAGCGCUCUCUCCAGCUAAUCUCGACGAUGCCGACUUCGAUGAAUCAACAGCUGAACUACCGCCACCCAAGCCUUUGCAUGAAAGAACAGACUCGCUCGCACAAGUCACUCUGGCAAUCUCUUUAUCGCAACGCAUCAAGGCCAUGGUCUUUGUCAAAAAUACUGGCCCGACGCAUAAUCUGAGCGCAACACUGGAACAUGGCCGAGUUUUGGAAGAACAACUACAACAAAUCCCUGACUUACUGAAGCUAGAUCGCAACCCUCCAGAUGAUGAUACGCCAGCAUCUUUGCUAAACCGCGUUCUACUGGACAUUCACAUCCGCAGAUCGCUGCUCUGCCUCUACAGACCGGUAGCUAUGAAGGAGAGCCAAGAAGCCGAUUAUCAUACACUACAGCAAUCCUGCCUGGAGUCUUCACUCGCGAUCCUAUCUUACCAAGACCUCUUCGAUCCCAGUGUGGCCGAUCUGGACCUGUUCACCUCGAGCGUUUACUCGGACCUAUUCCAAUCCAUUUGCAAGAACGACCUCCUACGGGCCGCUUUGAGUGUUUGUGGAUACAUGAAAACGUCUGGUAAAAAUCCACACACCCCAGCCAGUAACUCCAGCGUUGGCCUGGCAAAACAGACCCCGAUGCAUAGCAAGGCCAGCCUAACACGCAUUGUCGAGGCCACUCUCGAUGCAUUGACUCGCAGGGUCGCCCAUCCCGGAAGCAAUGUCAAAGAUAUUAUUCUUCUUGCAAUCGUUCUCCAAUCGGUGCGAGCUCGCAGCUCCUCCCAAGUGAAAGAUCAUUGGAUGCAAGAAGGGGCAAAGAAGGCCUUCUCGGCUUGUCGACAGCACCUAUUUUCGUCUGUUACAGAUGAGUCUGUAGCAGGGAACAUUGCUGACCUUGCACAGUUGCUUCAGUCCAGCCAGGCCCUGUUUCCUUCUGGUGAUGCAACCGGGCUCACGCCUCAUGCUCAACUGCCUGAUCUUCUAGGACAAUCUUCCGCUUUACUGGACGAAUUCAACGAUUUCCAAGGAAACCUUUUUCAAUUUGAUGAUGGGCCGUUUGCAUGGAAUCCAUGAACUCGACGUUUGUCCAACCCGUCAUAAGACGCAACCCCCUGACAGCAUGAUGCCGC